AUGAGCUCUUCUCCGGUAGAUUUGAAGAUCUGUCGCUCCAUCUCGACCGCAUUGGCUCGGUUCUUCGCCUCGCUCAAGCUCAAGCGCUUUGUUUUGCUUCUCUCGCUUAUUCAGUUCACAAUUCAGCGAUUGGGUUUUUUUGUCGAAUUCCCGCUUCAGCGCUUUGGUUUCAUUGUCUCGCCUUUCGAUCUCCUUCUUCAGCGCUUUACUUUCCUCCUCUCGCUCACCAAGUUCGAUUCGGAGCUGCAUAUCACUCGCCACCUCUUGGCUCUCGGUGUCGGUCUGGCAGGAUUUCAGUCCCGUCAAAUCGGUUUUGAGCUUAUCCAUCUCUUCGUCCUGGGAGGACAACUUGGACUCGAGUUCCUUUAUCUUUUUCUCCAUGUUCGAGAUCACCUGUUCUCUAGAUUCGACCAUGAUCCUGGUCCCCAUUUUGAAGUUUUGGAUGGACAUUUGGCUCUUCAGAGCCUCAUGGUCGGAAUGGAGGGCCUCAUGGGCGGAGCGGAGCUCCUCGUGUACACUCUUCAGGGCUUCGAGCUCGGAAAAAAUUCCAUCUUCGCUGGAAAUGAGUCGCUUUGCUUCGGAUUCGAGUUCCUGCACCCGUUCGGUGGCUUGCUCCUUCAAGAUGCCUCGCUCUUGCACUGCCAUAAUUCGCUCUUGAAGUGCCGCGUCCCUCUCCGCAAGCAACUGCGCCUUGCAGAUCUCCGAAUCCCUGAGCUUGGCAUUCUCAUCCUUUAG